GGAGGGGCGGUGCUGCCACCCGCCGGGCUCCCGGCCCUGCCCUCCGGCCGCCGCGCAGCACGCCCGGGCCCCAGCUGUCCAUUGCCGGCCGCCGCAGGAGCUAGAGAUGGAUUUGGAGGCGCUGCAAGUGUGUGGAAGGGCUGCGUUUGUAUUGGCAAAGAAGGUCGGCUGCUGAGCCAGGGUGUGUCUCCCGGAGGCCUGCGGGCUGCCAGGAUCCCCACCUCUCUGCCAUGCGCUGCCAAGACUGGUCAGUUACCAGCCAGUGACAUCAUCAAGGUUCCCUGCUCUCUACCCUGACCAGCCAGUUCCUGCUGGAAGCCCCUGGUCCGAUCUGGGAAGAUCAUGUCCAAGCCCCCUGACCUCCUGCUGCGGCUGCUCCGGGGCGCCCCAAGGCAGCGGGUCUGCACCCUGUUCAUCAUCGGCUUCAAGUUCACGUUUUGCGUCUCCAUCAUGAUCUACUGGCACAUCGUGGGAGAGCACAAGGAGCAGGGGCAGCUCUAUAACCUGCCAGCAGAUAUCCCCUGCCCCACCUUGGCACCCCUCACCCCUCCCUCCCACAGCCCCCCUCCGGGCGACAUCUUCUUCCUAGAGACUUCGGACCGGACCAACCCCAACUUCCUCUUCAUGUGUUCAGUGGAGUCGGCCGCUAGAACUCAUCCUGAAUCCCGUGUGCUGGUCCUGAUGAAAGGGCUUCCAGGUGGCAACGCCUCCCUGCCCCGGCACCUGGGCAUCUCGCUUCUGAGCUGCUUUCCGAAUGUCCAGAUGCUCCCGCUGGACCUGCGGGAGCUGUUCCGGGACACACCCCUGGCUGACUGGUAUGCAGCGGUGCAGGGGCGCUGGGAGCCCUACCUGCUGCCUGUGCUGUCUGAUGCCUCCAGGAUCGCACUCAUGUGGAAGUUCGGUGGCAUCUACCUGGACACGGACUUCAUUGUCCUCAAGAACCUGAGGAAUCUGACCAACGUGCUGGGCACCCAGUCCCGCUACGUCCUCAACGGCGCCUUCCUGGCCUUUGAGCGCCAGCACGAGUUCAUGGCGCUGUGCAUGCGGGACUUCGUGGACCGCUACAACGGCUGGAUCUGGGGCCACCAGGGCCCCCAGCUGCUCACGCGUGUCUUCAAGAAGUGGUGCUCUAUCCGCAGCCUCACCGAGAGCCAUGCCUGCCGCGGGGUCACCACCCUGCCCCCCGAGGCCUUCUACCCCAUCCCCUGGCAGGACUGGAAGAAGUACUUCGAGGACAUCAGCCCCCAGGAGCUGCCCCGGCUGCUCAAUGCCACCUAUGCCGUCCACGUGUGGAACAAGAAGAGCCAGGGCACACACUUCGAGGUCACGUCCAGGGCGCUGCUGGCCCAGCUCCAUGCCCGCUACUGCCCCACGACGCACAAGGCCAUGAAGAUGUACUUGUGAGGGGCCCGCCAGGCCACCUCCCUGACCCGCUCCCGUUGGAGGGGGCACUUGGCCGCUCUUCCUGGGGAGGCGAGAUUGGGGGCCCAGGAGAGGGAGGUCUGAGCUGCCACCGGGCUUAGGCUGUUGCAAAGGAGGAGCUGUGGGAGCAGGCCCGGUGGGAGGCUGUGGACACCCUCAAGACAGUGCCCUAUGUCAGGGCAGGGCUGACACGUGGCGCCAGGCCCAGCAGAGUGAGCUCAGUGAGUGCCCCGGGACUUGCAGAUGACAGACAGGAAGGAUGAACCUUAGGGCACCCCUGGGUGGCGUGGGAAGCCAGGCAGUUUGGGCAGAGGUGCCCUCGAGGCCAGUGCUAAGGGGAAGGAGGGAUGAGGUUCCAAAGAAGAGGGGAGGCGGGAAGAGGUAGGAGGUGGUGGGGAGUCGGGGGAGACCUAGCCCCAGGGGCCCGGGUGGGGAGUGCUUUUUUCUGGUUUUGGUUCCUCUUUCGGAGGGGCCCUCAAGGACUGAGCAGGGCAGAGGCCCAGCAGUGCCAGCCUGGGGAGCCUGUUAGGGGCAGCCCCUCCUGCCCACGCCAUCCUUCCUCCUCUCCAGAGAUUCAAGGGGGGCACGUACCCUCUGCCUAUUCACUCAGACAAGGGGUGGGGGUUCUCUAAAGAACAUCCGCCUCCCCAUUAUAAACACAGGAGAAUAAUGAACAGAAUAAAAGUGACCGGCUGUCA